AUGUCACCGGAUUUCGGCCCUAUACCGACUAGAAUUUUUAAUACUUGGCUGGAUCUGCCUGGUAUUAUGGAAUUCAUUCAGCAAUCGCUGAUAAGCUUCUCAUUUGAAGGGCCAGCGGAUUUGGGUCUUGCAAUUAAACUAAAAUGGAUUAAAUUCAAAAUUAAGGAACGGGUUAAUGUAAUAAAGGCGGAAAAGGAGGCGGUAUAUAAGGAAAAGCUAGCAGUUUUGGAGGCGCUGGAGUUACAAGCAGAGGAUAGGGUACUGUCCCCAAAUGAAUUGGAUAUCAGAGCCGAGUGCAAGAAAGUAAUCAUGGAGAAGGAUAGGGUAAAAGCCAUGGACUUGAGACAAAGAUCUAGGGUCAAGUGGGCCUUGGAAGGCGAUGAAAAUAUGACUUUUUUCCAUAACAUAGUUAAUGCCAAUCAGUGCUCUAAUACGCUGAAUGGUCUCAUGAUUAAUGGAAUAUGGGAGAAGGCCCCACCACUCAUCAAAGAUACUGUAUGCUCUUUUUUUGCUGAAAAUUUCAUGGAACCGGCUGUCGUAGGGUCGGGGUUGAUGUGUCCAAAUCUGAAUCAAAUUUCGAAGGUGGACACUGAGGUCCUGGCAGCGCCGUUUUCGCUAUUAGAAAUUAAGGACAUGGUUUAUGGGGGAUAA